CUGAAACUGAAACUGAAAAUGCGCCAAAUAUGAGUCAAGGGCACUGUAUGUCAUUAUACUGAGGAUUUACUGUCGUCAUCCCACGAUACAGCUGAUUGCUGUCAAUCACUUUCAGCACCCGAGGUACCUGCAAGCUAAAAGUGAGCCGUAACAGAUACAAUGGCAACUGCUCUUGGAGUUGUACUUGAUGUAGGAAUUCAUAUGAAUCCUAAUUUCAGAGAAGCUAUUGAGUGCGUAAGGCUGUUAUUGGAAAAAAAAUUUUUCGCCGAAUCAAAAGAUGAAGUUGCACUUAUUCUCUGCGGCUCUGAUGCUACUGACAAUCCUUUAGCUGAUGAAGAAGGAAGUUUUCAAAAUAUAUGUUUGGUUUUUGAACUCGCUCCUAUAAGUUGGAAGGUCUUGGAAUCUCUAGAUCCAAAUUUAUUAUCACUCUCGACAGGAGAUGUUGUUGAUGCACUAAUGGUAGGAGCCGACCACUUGUUUAAUCGUUGCAAGAGUAAAAGAAACAUAAAAGAAAAGCACUUGUUGCUUGUCAGCAAUUUAUAUGGUUCGGUUGACGAUUCUGAUGUCUCCAGGGUAUCUGAAAGCCUCCAAUCUUCAGGUAUUAAAUUCAGCUUGAUUGGUUGUGACUUGAAAAAGAGUACUAAUAUCUCACCUGAAAACCGAGAUGAACCUGGACCAUCUCAUGCCGUUUCUCAUCACCUCCAUCCUUCACCAAAAACUAGACCCUCCAUUUCUUUUCUAGCUGAACUCUGGGAUCAACUAAACGGAGAAUCAUAUGACUUUAGUGAUGCAGUCACUGCAUUGAAUAUAUUCGAAACCCGUAGCGUUUCUCAACGUGGUUGGAAUGUAAGUUUGCAAAUUGGCGAUUCGAUCACUAUCCCAGUUGUCGGCUAUACACAUAUAAAGGAGGCUCAUCCACCAACUAUGAGGAUAAUGUACGCUCCAGAUCCUUCUCUUCCACUGCGCGCUGUUACAAAAUAUUGUACACAAGGUGCAGAUCCUUCCGAUUUAAACUCUUCUGAAGUUACUCGAGGUUAUCGGUAUGGUGGGACUGUAGUCCCCUUUGGCGAAGAAGAUAUGGCCUCCAUAAAACCCCCUUCAGAAAAGUGUUUCAGCGUUAUUGGAUUUACGAGUGCUGACAAUAUCCCCCAUAAUCUUUACACUGGUGAAAGUGUGUUGGUUUUCGUUGCUCAGUCAGUCAAACAAUCUGAAGAUGAUGUAACCAAUCGUCCAUCCUGUUCAACAGCUUUGGCAGCGUUGGCUCAAGCACUUUAUGAGAUUAGUGGUGUUGCUCUUGUCCGGAGAGUGUACAAUCAAACAAGUGCCGUUAGACUAGGAGUUUUAACUCCAGAAAUUCAUGGUGACCAGAUAUCGCUCAUGUAUACUGAUAUAGCGUUUAGUGAAGAUAUUCGCAAUCUGAAACUCCCAAGUUUACCAGUUUCCUGUGAGCCUUCUACUUCCACUACGGAAUGUUCUGUUAAAUCUUCAAGCACUAUGAAAUUGCGUAAAGAUUGCCCAUCUCAGGAACAGUUAUCAGCUAUGGAUUCUUUUAUUAACUCCAUGAUGUUAGAUUAUUCAGAUGAAAGUGAUGAUGAUGAUGAUGGUGGUGAACUCAACAAGAAAGACAAAAACGACGUGAAAAAUCCUUCAUCAAACAGGAUCUUAAAAGUUCAACGGAUAUCAAACCCUUGGAUUCAACGUUUCUUUGCCUGCCUUAGAAAACGGAGUUUUAAUCCAUCAGUACCACUUCCGAUUUCAAAGCAAUCAAAUUCUUCCGAUGUUUGGCUGUCACCUGAAAUGUUUCCUGGUUUGGAGGAAAUCAUCACACAAAUCAAUACAGAUUCUGAAACUGCAUCUGUAAUUGAAUCCCGUAAUAUUCUUCUUAAUGCGUUUCCACCUCUUCGUCCUGCUAGUGAUCCAGUCGAUUUGACAGAAGAAUUUUUGGCGAAAAGACGGCGUUUAGCGGAUGAAGAACUUUAUGCUACUUCCUCGUUCACGAAAGAAAUAGACAGUGAAUAUCCAAGCGAACAACUAUCUGCAAGUUCGGAAUUAACUAGCAACGCAUUGCUUCAAAGCACGCUGGCAUCAAAUUCCAUUCAAAUAAACUCAGUUCAAGAUUUUGAAGACCUAAUCUCCCAACAACAAAUUGAAGUCGCUUGUAGACUUUUGGAGAAAGAAAUAAUUCAACUGGUGACUGAUCCUUUCACUGCAACUUUAUUGCGUCCAAAAGCUAUCGCUUACCUGUUCGCUUAUCGUAGGCAUGCUCAGCCAAGUAGAGAAAUCGUCAAUAAUAGUAAUCAAAACAAUCAUAUUAAUGAUGCUACAUGCAACAGCAGCACAUAUCAUCUUGAAAUUGCUCGAGCAUAUAACUCAUUUAUUCGUAGUUGGCGCCAGGAUCUUAUCGAUCGUAAUCUUCUCGGAAGUAGUGUCUCAUCUCAACGUGCUUCUAAUGAUAGCAAGUUGUCGUUUUGGCUGGAAACAAUUACACAAGGUAUUUGAAUGUAUAUUGUUUAUACCAAUUUAUUUUUUUCGUAUUUGGGGUGAAAAAUGUAUAUAAACAGGAUAAAAAGGCCGAUAUGCACCUGCAUUCAUGUGACCACAAGAAACAACUUGUUAUAAAAUGACAAGGAAGAUUUGUAUUGCAUUUUCUGAACUGGCAGUUUAAUUGAGAGAUUUUUAUUGUCAUUCUGGAUAAUAUCAUCAGCUCUUAAAUCAAGUAAAAGUGAGCUGGUUUUUUUUAUUAACGACUAUAGAUUUAUCUGAAAGGGCCUCAUUCAUACAGUUGAAGAAAAUAUAGAACUCAAAACAACUGUCAGCCAAUAUCAAAGUCAGAACCUUUAAUACGAACGUCAAGACAGUUCUACUGUACGGAGCUGAAACUAAGAAAACUACCAUAACCAUCAUAUAAAAGUACAAGUAUUUGUAAACAAUUGUCUACAUAAGAUACAUAAUGUCCGUUUGCCGGAUACCAUCAACAUCAGCCUACUACGGGAGACAACAAACCAGCUUCCAGAUGAAGAGGAAAUUAGGAAAAGACGAUGGAAGUGGAUAAGACAUACAUUGCGGAAAUCAUCAAACUGCAUCACGGGGCAAGCACUAACUUGGAAUUCUGAAAAGAAAAGGAAAAGAGGGUUACCAAGGUAGAUAUUGUACCAAGAAUCGGAAGCAGAUAUCAAAAGGAUGAAUAAAAAGUGGAACGAAUUGUCCAGGACAGAGUUUAAUGGAGAAUGCCAGUGGGCGGUUUAUGCUCCUCCACGAGGAGUAACAGGCGUAAGUAAGUAAUAGAUUUAUCUAUCUCAUCUGCAGAAGGUAGACGGAAUACUUAAAAAUAUAUAUCGAUUAACUUUUAAUGUAUUAGAUUCUUUCUUUAUAAUAUAUCCUCUUCACAUGCAUAGGUUUCGGUCUUUUGUGCAAUGACGAUAUCCCAGAAAUCGGUGUUACUCAGUCAGAAAGUCGUGAGUUUUUGAACUUGGAGGAUAAUACAAUAUCUCAUUUUGCUGAAACAAAAAAUAAUCAGCCUGUAUCUCCCAAUUGGGUUCUCAAAGUUGAGCAUUUGAUGGAUGACACAGAUUGAAAUUUUUCGUUGUUCUUGUUGUUGUUAUUGUUGCUGUUUUUGUUUUUGUUUAAUCGCUUACAAUCACACAUAUUAUGGAUGACCUAUUUUCUUGAUCAUAUCAGUCAUAAUUUGUAAUCUAUCUUCUUUCCUCCAUAAAAGUUUUAUAUUAUUGAUUGUAUAUUUAUAGACAUAUAAAAUAAUUACAGAAUUAAAUACGUAUUUUUAAAAAAAAAGAGAUAUAUUUUUUUGUUUUAUCAGGAUAAUAAAUAUAGAAUUUUAUAUCUAACUAUCUGGUUACUGUUAAGAAAGAAAGAAAACAAAAACGAAGAUUUUCCAGUUUAUCAUGCGAUAUGUACAAAAUAUUCUAUGUGAAUUUUUCUGUUAAAAAUAAACAUUUCCCAAAUU